ACACGUAUUCAUUCAACUCAACGUGUUUUCCACCACGUGCUGAUUUCUGCUUGUGUCUUCUUGGAGAAAAUUGACUUACCCAUCCGAUAAGCAGUUAUCAUCUCAGAUGGGCGGUUUGGGCGCACCCUUCAUUCUCUGCCCGCUUUCGGAGCGGAGGGAUUUUCUUGGUAUUUCCGGCGCAGAUGGGAGUAUCGUUUUAACAACCGGGAAGAACAUGGCGAUUCGUUAUCAUGUACUCGAGCAAAAGCAGGAAACAUCAUGGACCUCGUCACGUCACUGGUUUACCUCUCGUGUCGUCAAAUGUGCCGACAUCGGCAAGUACGGCGCUAUCCUGGACAAUAACACUGUCGCCGUGUGGAAUGAGGAUGACACUGCGAUGGGUGAUGUGACCAAGAUGAAAUUUUCUGACCCGAUUUGGGAGCUUAACCCGUCCAGUUCUCUCACCGAGGAUGGGGCACUGGUUAUUUUCGAAAACGGUUUCACAACCCCACUCGCCCCGCUUUUGACGUCUGAUCAAAAGAAAAAGCUCAGAAAAGCGAUCGCCACUGGAAAGGGGUUUGUCGACACGGAGUGCGAUACUAUCAUCGACGCUGCUCAGUGUCAUCCUGAAAAGGUGGUUAUCAUAUCGGCACCAAAGAAGGCUGGAAGAGCCAUCGUUACUCGAGAUGUCAUGAAAGUUACACUCCUCCACAAAAACCAGAUCGUCACCCAGAUCGAGGUAAAAUCCGAGUUUGUGGGACACUGUAUCCUCCCUGGCGACGACGGUCCGAGUAUCUUGUAUCUCGGUCGCGAUGGGCGUUUGUGGCAGCAAUUUUUGACGACACCUUUACCGGCUCCCAGCUUGGUCGGUUCUCUCGCCAAAGUGAUCUCCCCUCUGACGCCGGUCGUUUUGCAUCCCGCGCCUCCAUCCUCGAAGGAUGGUGAUUGGUCCAAAGUGGUCAUUUAUGGGUCUGACCCAUCUGAAGAAGGGGCGCUGAUUGCCCUCUAUGACCUCAAGUACGACAUAGUAGUGGCGAAACAGUCCCUCAAAAUGUAUGCUAAUCCUCCCAUCAUGGACGUAUUGGGAGGAAAUGUUCUCAUCCCGGUGGGACUGCAUGUUCUGGUCAUCGCCCUCUACUCCUCAAAAUCUCGCUUAUCAGGCGUCGUCGGUAAACAUGGGAUCCGUUCCGGCGAAGAAGUAUUUGAACAGAGGUCACCUUUUGUCCUGGAUCCAGUGACCUCGGUGGGCUGGACUGUCGACGUCGAACAACCCCACGGCCACCACAACAAACAAGCCGCGGCCGCCAAAAAGCUGCUACGGUCAGCCUCUUCCAACGCCGAGGUCAACGCGAUUAAAAAAUCUUUCCCCGAAUUUUGGGAGGUGGUGCAACAAUACAAAAUUCUAGAGCGAGAAGGUCAACCUCAAUCACUAAUCUGUACUCAAAUCCUGCCCCUCGCCCUAACCAAAGGAGACGCUGCAUUGGAUUGGAUGCUUCAAAAUUUCACCGACAUUCCUGAAAGUCACCUAAUCAUCAUCUUGGCAAAAUUGUUGGACAACAUGACCGACUCGAUAACUGCCUCUCACUCUCUCCUCGAUCUAAUCCUUUCCCGAUCUGUCGAUCCUGCCCAACUGGUCGGCGCCCUGACUUCGCUCGACUUCAUUCUCUCCCGUCGACUUGCGCUCUACCUCAAAUUCAAGAUGGAGUCCGCCCUCACGAUGGGAAGUGAGUCUGGCGACGACACAAUGACCUCCUCCGUCCUCUGGCUGACCUCACUCCUCGAUGCGCAUUACACCCACUUCGUCCUCGGGGAUGAACUCAGCCUUGUCGAAGAACUUCUCAGCGUCGUCGCGAAGGGGGCUGCCUGGUUGGAGGCGAUCGCCGAGUUGGAGCCGUAUCUUAUCUUGACCCAACAAAAAAUAGAUUUUCAACCCAGGCCGAAUCCACAUAGCAAGUGGCGCACGGAAAUUCUUACCUUCACUUAAUCAUUGUUAAUUAACCUUGUUUUAAUUACUUGAUUAUCAUAAAUAUAUAAUUACCUAUAAUACAUUUUUAGUGUUAAAUAAAUCAAUCGAGAUUUUUUUUUGCAAAA